AUACCACUGCCAACAGCGAAGAGAGGGAAAUAAAAAAAAAAGCUAGUAUUCCUAUAUUUCCCUUCCAAUUUUCUCGAGAAAAUUACCGAAACAACACACUCAUGGCUCGAUGAUUACGAGCAGGAAGUUGCAAGGUUGUAGAGUCUCUCCUCCGCCCUCAAACAAGCUAAGGAAAAGAAGCUAAGUCUUCAGCAAAAGCUCCACUCUUUUAUUCAAGUUGGAUUAUGAAAUUGUUAAUUCAGUUCGGUUUGAAACUGAACCUACGGAUUGCACACCCCUAGAAGAGAUGCAAACGAUUGUUGGUGAGAGAAGGAGAGCAGGGGACUGAGAGAGAGGGAGAGAGAGUAAGAAGGGUGAGAGAGGAGAGAAGGAGAAAGGGAGAGGUGGAGAGACUGAGAGAGAGCAGAAUCCGUUGUUUGUAAAAGAUUUUUUUUUUUUUGGGCGAAGAGUCUGUUGUUUAUAAUGAGUCAGCUUAUUUAGGCAUUCAAUUGAGGCUAUGUUUUAUGCUAGAAUGCGGAAUUCCAAGUUAAGAGGUUUCCUUGUGGGAUGCGCCAAGUCUGUCUCCAGCAAAAGCAUAAUUCACUCAUCAAGCUGCCAUCCCCCCGCCAAUUUGUUUGCUUUGGUUUUGUCUCUCCCUCGUUCUUCCAUUUUGACUCACCCUUUCUCCGGCUAUGCUGUUGAGCAGUUCUCCGAUGAUGAGUAUGAGUGCGAUUUUGAGACCCAUAAGGCAUCUUCGGUGGCCAAUGUUGAUGAGUGGAAAUGGAAGCUCAGCUUGCUAUUGCGCAGUGAAACUGACCAAGAGAUUGUGUCUAAAGAUAGAAAGGACAGAAGGGACUAUGAGCAGAUUUCGAACCUUGCCACAAGGAUGGGACUAUACAGUGAAAUGUAUGGAAAAGUGGUGGUUGCAAGCAAGGUUCCUCUUCCUAACUACAGGCCAGAUUUGGAUGACAAGCGGCCCCAAAGGGAGGUGGUAAUCCCGCUAAGCUUACAAAGGAGGGUAGAGAGUUUACUACAGGAACAUCUUGAUAGAACUCGGCUAAUUUCGGGAGAAGCUGGUGACCGUGCAGAUGAUGCUAAGUCUAUUGACCAGGUUGAAGAUUUUAGUCUGGAUGAAAAUCCAGAUUCUUUUCUGGAUGGGUCUGUUAUGGAAAAGGUUCUUCAGAGAAGGAGUUUGCGAAUGCGUAAUAUGCAAAGAGCUUGGCAGGAAUCACCUGAAGGCAAGAAGAUGAUGGAAUUCCGGAAAUCUCUACCUGCAUUCAAAGAAAAAGAAAAACUGCUCCAAGCGAUAGCAAGGAAUCAGGUCAUAGUUGUAUCUGGGGAGACUGGAUGUGGUAAAACAACUCAACUUCCUCAGUAUAUAUUGGAGUCAGAAAUUGAAUCUGGGCGCGGAGCAUUCUGCAGUAUAAUUUGCACACAGCCUCGAAGAAUAUCUGCUAUGGCUGUUGCAGAUAGAGUAUCUGCAGAGAGAGGAGAGCCUCUUGGUGAAAUGGUUGGUUAUAAAGUUCGACUAGAGGGCAUGAAAGGAAAAAACACCCAUCUGCUUUUUUGUACCAGUGGAAUUUUACUUAGACGACUGCUAAGUGACAGAAACUUGGAUGGAAUAACCCAUGUUUUCGUUGAUGAAAUUCAUGAGCGUGGCAUGAAUGAAGACUUCCUAUUGAUUGUGCUCAAGGAUCUUCUUCCACGCCGUCAGGACUUAAGAUUGAUUUUAAUGAGUGCCACUUUGAAUGCGGAACUCUUCUCCAACUAUUUUGGUGGAGCACCAAAAAUUCAUAUUCCAGGUUUUACAUAUCCUGUAAGUGUACACUUUUUAGAAGAUGUACUGGAAAUGACUGGAUAUAAGUUGACUUCUUUUAAUCAAAUUGAUGACUAUGGCCAAGAGAAAAUGUGGAAAACACAAAGGCAACUUGCACCAAGAAAAAGGAAAAACCAGAUUGCGGCUCUUGUUGAGGAUGCUCUUAAUAAAUCGAGCUUUGAGAAUUAUAGCUCCAGGGUACGUGAUUCUCUAGCAAGCUGGAUGCCUGAUUGCAUAGGAUUUAACUUUAUUGAGGCAGUUUUGUGCCAUAUAUGUCGGAAGGAAGGACCUGGUGCUGUCUUGGUAUUCAUGACUGGCUGGGAGGAUAUUAGCUGUUUAAGGGAUCAACUUAAAGCUCAUCCUCUUUUGGGUGAUCCUAACAGGGUUUUGCUUUUAACAUGCCAUGGUUCUAUGGCAACCUCUGAACAGAAACUUAUAUUUGAGAGACCUUCUCCUGAUGUACGUAAAAUAGUUCUUGCAACUAAUAUGGCAGAGGCGAGUAUUACAAUCAAUGACGUAGUUUUUGUGGUGGAUUGCGGAAAAGCUAAAGAGACCACAUAUGAUGCUUUGAACAAUACACCUUGUCUGCUGCCCUCAUGGAUAUCACAAGCUUCAGCGCGGCAAAGAAGAGGCAGGGCUGGCCGCGUGCAGCCAGGUGAAUGCUAUCACCUCUACCCCAAAUGUGUCUAUGAAGCUUUUGCUGAAUAUCAACUUCCUGAACUUCUGAGAACUCCCUUAAACUCUCUUUGCUUGCAAAUAAAAAGUUUGCAGGUUGGAAGUAUAGCAGAAUUUUUGUCAGCAGCACUCCAGCCUCCAGAACCAUUGGCUGUCCAAAAUGCCAUUGAUUUUCUGAAGAUGAUCGGUGCAUUAAAUGAGAAGGAGAUUCUGACUAAUCUUGGGAAGUACUUGUCAAUGCUUCCAGUAGAUCCCAAGCUUGGGAAAAUGCUAAUCAUGGGUGCUAUCUUUCGUUGCUUUGACCCUGUAUUAACGAUAGUAUCCGGUCUUAGUGUUAGGGAUCCUUUCCUUCUUCCUCAAGACAAAAAAGAUUUAGCUGGGACAGCAAAAUCUAGAUUUUCAGCAAAAGACUAUAGUGAUCACAUGGCUCUUGUACGUGCAUAUGAAGGAUGGAAAGAUGCAGAACGAGAAGGGUCAGCAUAUGAGUAUUGCUGGAGAAAUUUCCUCUCUGCACAAACUCUACAAGCCAUUCAUUCUCUGAGGAAGCAGUUCAGCUUCAUUUUAAAAGACGCUGAGUUAAUAGAUGCCGAUGCAGGAACCAACAACAGAUUAAGUCACAACCAGUCAUUGGUUCGAGCAAUCGUAUGCUCUGGCCUCUAUCCUGGCAUAGCAUCAGUAGUGCACAGAGAAACAUCCAUGUCUUUCAAGACGAUGGAUGAUGGCCAAGUUCUAUUAUAUGCAAAUUCUGUGAAUGCGCGCUAUCAGACUAUUCCUUACCCAUGGCUGGUCUUUGGUGAAAAAGUUAAGGUCAAUACAGUUUUCAUUCGCGAUUCCACUGGUGUAUCUGAUUCAAUAUUGAUCCUUUUUGGUGGUGCUCUUAGUUGUGGUGUGCAGGCUGGCCAUCUGAAAAUGUUAGAUGGGUAUAUUGAUUUCUUCAUGGAUCCUAGUUUGGCAGAGUGCUAUUUGAAGCUUAAGGAAGAAUUUGAUAAGCUGAUUCAAGAGAAGCUUCAAGAUCCUACCCUCGACAUUCACAAGGAAGGGAAAUACCUCUUGCUUUCUGUUCAAGAGCUGGUUUCAGGAGAUCAAUGUGAAGGAAGGUUCGUCUUUGGACGUGAAAGCAAGAAGCCUAAGGAGUCUAGGGAAAACAGUGGAUUUACGAAAGAUGGAACAAAUCCUAAAAGCUUGCUACAAACUCUUUUGAUGAGAGCUGGGCACUCCCCUCCAAAAUACAAAACAAAACACCUCAAGACAAAUGAGUUUAGGGCACUGGUUGAAUUCAAGGGAAUGCAAUUUGUGGGUAAACCAAAGAAAAACAAACAACUGGCAGAGAGGGAUGCUGCUAUAGAAGCACUGGCCUGGUUGACUCACACCUCUGAGAACAAUCAAGAUGAGCACGACAAUUCCCCACCCGAUGUCACAGACAAUAUGUUAAAACUUCUGGGGAAACGCCGGAGAUCAAAGCGUCGCUCUGGUUGACGAUUAGUUCUGCUGUGCGCUACUUUCUCGAUGGCUACAUGGCAACCGAUAAGAAAAUACAUAAUUCUUGGGACAGAUUUCUGCCAUUUGGUGUUAAAAUUUCACUGUUUGUGCACUACAGGCCAGCGAUAUUGGUUAUAGGGUAAGCAUUCUCAUUAGAUUACUAAGUUAUUCAUGGAUGCUAUGGUUUUCUGCCAAGGCAUCAGUGAUACAGGGCCAGUGCAAGAAGUAUACAUCAGGAAAGAGAAAAAAAUUUUUGUUUACUUGUUCCCAUUGGGUUCAAACUCCGAACCUCACUGCUAUAGAUAUUACUCCAGUAAAGGCUGUAAAAUUUUAAGGAUAUUAGCAAGUUUUGAUAUUGAGAGGCAGUUGAUAGCAAAAUUUGGAUGAACAAGUGGGUUCUAAGUAAUUUAAUUGGUAGUUGAUUCAAUAAUGUUUCCAUACAUUAGACCUUGUCCUUGAACGGUAUGCGUUUGAAUAAAAGAAAAUUCAAUUGUUGUUUUCA